UCAUGUCUGGGAGAGGGCUGGUCAUCUACCCAGAGAUUGGGGAUAAAUUGGACAUUAUCUGCCCCAAGGCAGAGCCGUCCAAGCCUUACGAAUACUACAAGCUGUACCUGGUGAAGAAGGACCAGGCAGAUGCCUGCAGCACCGUCAUGGACCCCAACGUGCUAGUGACAUGCAACCGGCCCGAGCAGGAGAUCCGCUUCACCAUCAAGUUCCAGGAGUUCAGCCCCAACUACAUGGGCCUGGAGUUCAAGCGGCAGCAGGAUUACUUCAUCACAUCCACUUCCAACGGGACACUGGAUGGGCUGGAGAACCGGGAAGGGGGCGUCUGCCAGACGCGCUCCAUGAAGAUCGUCAUGAAAGUGGGGCAGGAUCCGAACGCGGUGAUCCCUGAGCAGCUGACGACGAGUCGGCCGAGCAAGGAGGCCGACAACACCAUGAAAAUCGUCACGCAGAGCCCGCGCAGCAAGGUCCCUGCCGUGGAGGAGCCCGGCAAGCCCGGCCCUGUCAACCAGGACGGCCAGGAGACCCAAGGUCCCAGCGACGGCUUCUUGAGCUCCAAGGUGGCCGUCUUCGCAGCGAUUGGCGCCGGCUGCGUCAUCUUCAUCCUCAUCAUCAUUUUCCUCGUCGUCCUCCUGAUCAAGAUCCGCAAGCGGCACCGGAAGCACACGCAGCAGCGAGCCGCAGCCUUGUCCCUCAGCACCUUGGCCAGCCCGAAAUGCAGUGGGAACGCGGGCUCUGAGCCCAGCGACAUCAUCAUCCCCUUACGGACUACAGAAAACAACUACUGCCCGCACUACGAGAAGGUGAGCGGGGACUACGGGCACCCCGUCUACAUCGUCCAGGAGAUGCCCCCCCAGAGCCCAGCCAACAUUUACUACAAGGUGUGAGGAGCAGCCUGGGCAAGCCGCCGAUGCAGGAGC